UACCACUAUUUUACAAUCCUCCGAGAUCCAGUGCAGAGGUACUUGAGCGAAUGGAAGCACGUGCGUAGAGGUAGUACGUGGAGUGCUGUCAAACUCAUGUGUAACGGUAGGAGGGCUACCAGGUCUGAAGUUCCACUGUGCUAUUCUGGUCCCAACUGGAUCAAUGUGACGUUCGAUGACUUCCUGGCCUGCCAGCACAACCUCGCACACAACAGGCAGACCCGCAUGUUGGCCGACUUGACAUUAGUUGGAUGUUACGACAAAUCGCUCAUGUCAGAAGAGAAGAGGAAUCGUUUGAUGCUGGAAAGUGCCAAAAGAAACCUUAUGUCCAUGGAAUUUUUUGGACUCACUGAGUUUCAGGCGGAGCUAGGUUUCUUGUUCGAGUUUACAUUUGGAAUAAAGUUUACAAAGAACUUCACUCAAUACGAGCACACGCACGCAAAAGAAUCGAGCAUAUCGCAAGACGAGAGGCGCAGAAUCAUGCAGCUGAACCAUUUGGACGUGCAACUCUACGACUUCGCCAAACAUUUAUUUCUUGCCCGACUGAACUACGCUCUAUCGCAACAAAAAUUGAACGAAGUUUCAUCCAGAGAAAAUGUUUUCAUGGACAACGACGGAAACAGUAAACAUCCGAUUGUCGACUUUGUUGAUUCCAGCCAAACUCGAUCAAAAAUGGAACCGACACUUCAAACGGAUGUCAUCUCCAUACCUCACGAGCCACCGGUCGACCAAGCGAAUCAUCUUUCCAGCGAAGAGCGCUACGAAUCUGCACGAACGUUACCUGCAGCAAGCAACAAAAACAACGACUCCUACGACGACAACGAUGAAUAUGAAUCCAGCGCUGAAUCCGUUCAUGCCGUAAAAAGUAGAAAAAGUAUUAAACAUCAAAUCGAUCGUUAUAGGUGA